UGCAGGAAACUUCCGGUCUGUUGUCAGUCGGCAGCGAAGCCAUGCCGAACCUAAAGCUGAUAUCUGCAACCGACACGCAGUAUUCAGCAGCUGUCCUCAAGUCUCUGAACGAGCAGCGGAGCAAUGGCUUGUUUUGUGACAUCACCAUCAUCAUACAGGACAAGAAAUUCAGAGCGCACAAAACAAUCCUGUCGGCCUCCAGCACGUACUUUCACCAGCUUUUUGCCGUCGCCGGACAAGUCAUCGAGCUCAACUUCAUCCGGCCAGAAAUCUUUGAGCACAUCCUCAACUACAUCUACAGCUCCAGGAUCAUCCGCGUCCGCUCCGACAUGCUGGAGGAACUCAUCCGCGCCGGAAAGAUCCUGGGUGUGAAGUUUAUUGCGAACUUGCAUUCGCCGCUGUCUCAAGUGAAAGGUCUGCCGGGUUUGUCCCAGGACACGGGAAACAAGAGCGACACCUCUCCGGAGACUAUGCCCGUCAUCACGGAGUCCUUCUCCAUUUCCGCAGAGGAAUUCAAUCAGACAAAGAAACCCGCGGGAAGCGAGGAGGAGGGCGAUGAUGUAGUGUUCGUCUCCUGCACCGAUGCUCAAACCAGAGCGGCGAGUCUCAAGGCCAACCCUUCUGACAUCAUCGAUUUGGAAAAAGUGGAAUCGGAAAACGUUGAACCCAAACAAAGCGAAGACUCAAAUCACGUUGCGGCGGAUGCAGGAAAAGAAGCCGCCACGCCAAAAACUAACGGCGCAGAGAGUCAGGUGAACAGUCCGGACCGCAGCUCCAGUAACUCUCCAGCGACACACGCCCAACCAGGCACCCUCACACCGGAGCCGACCAGUGAAAGCACCGACAUAUUGGGAGUCCACAAAAAGCAAGUCGCCGCUUCCUCCCAAGAGGGCGAUCCCAAACUACGACUUCUGGAUGUUUCCGGAGUCUCUGCUAGCAGCACCAAGGGAACUAUAGAGGCGAAACAGACGGUGACUCUCGACACCGGCACAGAAAUCGAUUCGCUUUCAUCCGGAUGUAAAGUUUACGCCAACAUCGGAGAGGACACGUACGACAUCGUCCAAAUGAAAGAAGACCCAGGAGAAGGAGGAUCAAAACCCAACAAAGGGAAAAGAGCUUUAAUGGCGACGCCCAAAAAGGCCUUCGACCAGACGCCACUGUCGCCGACACUCAGUCCGAACAGGAAGAAGAACAAAACGGAGCUGGACGAUCACUAUGAGCUGAUCAUGGAUGGGAAGACUUUCUACGUUUGCGCCGUGUGCAAACGCCCAUAUGUGUGCAUCACGAGUCUGCGGCGUCACUUCAACACCCACUCGUGGGAGAAGAAGUACCCGUGUCGCUUCUGCAACAAGGUGUUCGCCCUGGCGGAGUACAGAACUAAACACGAAGUGUGCCACACGGGCGAGAGGCGGUACCAGUGCCUGCUGUGCAACGACAUGUUCCAGAACUACCAGGUUCUGUCCCACCACUGCAAGCAAGUCCACAACCAGGACCCGAGCGGCAGGAAGCAGAAAGACGACGGAGACAACCUGUACCGCCUGCUGCCGUGCAGGUCGAAGAAGAAGUCGUACGUGACCGACCUGCCGGGAACGCCGUUCAUAUCGGAGGACGGCAGCAUGCAGGAGAUUAGCCCCGCCGAAGUGGAGGUCAUGCACUCUUCGGCGCAGAGCGGGAUGUACUGGGACGACCUGUUCGCCGAGCCGGGCACUCGCUUGCAGCCGGAUGCUCACUUGCAGCCGGAUGCUCGCUUGCAGCCGGAUGCUCACUUGCAGCCGGAUGCUCACUUGCAGCCGGAUGCUCGCUUGCAGCCGGACUCUCAGUCGCCGUCGAUGAGCUCCCCGACGCAGGGAGCCAUGGAGUUCGAGUACAUCACACCGUAGAGCCGCUGGGAAGCAAUCAGUCCGCCGGAUAUCCUGUGCCUUCUCGGUUACGCUAACUGUGUUCGUCCUCCAAUUCAGAUCAUGUUUUGUGAUUAAAUCUGAUCGUACCCCAAAUUAAAGCGACAGUAUGCAAGUUUUAUUUUUUAAAAAGUCGGUUAAUUUACAUGUUUGUUAAAGCUGUCAACAUGUUAUGAUUGUAUGAGACAAAUCAGUCUCUGCUGCUGAAUGUGCUAAUGGCAGAGAAACAACUCAUCAUUACAGGAAAACUGUUUCUCCACCAUCGUUGGUGGCCAUGCUAACUAGCCUUAGCAUUCAUGAUGGGCUCUGCUAUUGGGGAGAAGCUUUAGGAUAGCAGAGAAGGUGAUUGACAGCACUAAGCCCCUCCUCCUGGCUCUGAUUGGUUGUUUCUGACCAAUCACUGGGAGAAGACAGAUUAUCUGUGUCAUGACAGAGUGACAGUUUUAACAAACAUUUAAAAACAUUUUUUAUAUCUAAAAAUUGCAUACUGCAGCUUUAAGGUUUUUAGGAAAGUCUAAGUGUUCUUAAUUUAUUUUCUCGUUUUUAAAGGUUCAAAGAAGUUGAGGUAAAACCGCUUUAGCUUUUGUUGUAAAUGUGAAACUUUGCCCAAUUGUUUCUCAGUAUUGUUGGAAAAUUAUGAUAAAAGAUGAUGUAUCCUUUAGAAAAUCAUUCAACAUUUUUCACACCCGACUGUAAACGUCAGAGCACACAGUCACACACACACACACGCACACACACACACACACACACGUUUUCAUGUUUUUCCUUCCAGGUAAAUUAAUCUGGUUUUAAACUUUGUUGUAACGUAGAAACUCUGAGUCUAUAAAUCAUUGAUUUCACAUUGAUUUGAUCGUCCAACAGAAUAAUGUACCAUUCAAUUUACUGACUCUACUAAAAGUUAAAGAUGAGACUUUUAAAAAUCUUUAUUAAUCACAGAGCAUGUUUCAUGUUGAAAUGUGAGAUGAAUGUAUUUGUAACAUUUAGGCCAUGAUGUCUAAAACGGUUCAACACUGCUGACCGAUGACGGUUUCAAUAACCGUUUCAUUUCUUUGUCAAUCCAGGCGUCUUUUUUGUGUCUUCUACCCCAAAUAUACGUAUUUUACCGCGAUUUUUUUUUUUUUUUUUUUUUUUUUUUUGUUCUUAAAGAAAAUGUGUUAAAUACAAAUUAUAAAAUGCAAUAAGAUUGUUCAGAUAUUAAAUCAACUCAAUGCUUCACCUGUUAAUAGGACCUUCUGAUGAUGAUUUUAGGAUUUUUUGUUUUGUAAAAUAUAUUUUUUCAUGACGUCAUUGUUGCCACAUCUGGGUCUUGUGGCAGGAAAAUUUGUACAGUUUCAUUGGAUUACUUACAUCGUGGAAGAUGGAUUUGUUUUGUAUUGUUUUAAAUGUAAAGGUAGGAAUUUUAACUGAGAUUUAUUAGCAUUUCGCACUUAAAUUUCCAGGUGUUUCUUUUUUGUUUUGUUUUUGUUGUUUUGUUUUUUUUUACAUGUCAGAAAUUAGAACCGUCUUCUUGCAGGUAAAGGUAGAGCUAAAGGUUGAAACCAAUCUGUCUUGUUUUCAGAUUAAAUGCUACAGAUUGUUUUUCAAUAAAUGGAUUAACUAUG